AUGCUAUUGGAUGAUGACGCACAGAAGGCCAUGGCGAAGAAGGUGUUAUGGAAGCUGGACACAAGAAUUUUACCUGUGCUCGCUCUUCUUUUCCUGUGCUCUUUCCUCGAUCGCACCAACGUCGGCAACGCCAAGAUCCUGGGCCUGGAGAAGAGCAUUGGCGUCAACGACCAUCAGUACGCUAGCGGACUGGCCAUUUUCUUCGCCUUCUACAUUGCCAGUGAGCUACCUAGUAACCUGGUGCUUAAAAAAGUAUCGCCUCGCAUAUGGCUACCAUGUCUAACAUUUGCAUGGGGCAUUGUGGGCAUGUGCCUUGGCUUUGUCCAAAAUUAUGCUGGAUUUCUUGUCGUACGUGCCUUCCUUGGAGUCACUGAGGGUGGCUUACUUCCUGGAAUGGUGCUGUAUCUAUCGAGCAUGUACACUCGUGGAGAACUGGCGCUCAGGAUUGGUCUUUUCUACACCACUGCAAGUUUGAGCGGUGCCUUCGGUGGCCUCCUCGCUCGAGGUCUUUCCUCUAUCGGUGCUACUGCUGGCAUCGACGCAGGCUGGAGAUGGAUCAUGAUUGUGGAGGGGCUACUGACAGCUGUAGUCGGAGCUUCAGCGUACUUCCUUCUCCCUAACGAUGUCUCCACUGCAAAAUUUCUCACAGAGGAAGAGCGCGAAUUUGCUUUGUAUCGCCUGAGGCGCGACUAUUCAACAGGUCUUCCUUCCCAGAGAGCAGCAGAGCCAGAACGCUUUUCUUGGUCCGAAGUCCGUCGUGGAGUACUGGACCCCUCGCUCUGGUUUUCGGCAUCUGCUUACUUUGCAAUUCUCUGUGGUCUCUAUUCUUUUGGUCUGUUCCUUCCCACCAUCAUCACUGGUCUUGGAUACACUGCCAAUGAAGCUCAGCUGUGGUCGGUGAUCCCAUACGCUGUUGCCUCAGGCCUUACUAUCGUUGCCGCCUUCUUGUCCGACCAUCUCCGUCUUCGUGGGCCGAUCAUGCUGUGCACACUCCCUCUAGCUAUUAUUGGAUACGCUGUAAUUGCAAACGUCACUAAUCCCCAUGUCAAGUUUGGUAUGACUUUCAUGAUGGCAACAGGAUUGUAUGCCAGUGUGCCCCCUGUUCUGGUCUGGAUCUCCAACAACUCCGCCGGUCAUUACAAAAGAGCUACGGCUACUGGUCUUCAGCUCGCAAUCGCCAAUUGUGGCGGAUUUGUUUCUGGUGAGUCGCAUGUCAAAGUUGAGAAACCACAAUACCACAAGUCUCACACUAUCGUACUGGGCCUGCUAAUCUUUGCUUGGUUCAUGGUACUUGCCAACAUCUUGUGGUGUCGCAAGGUCAACCAAGACAAGGCCGCUGGCAAAUACGACAAAUACAUCGGGUGUGGAGACGAUCGAGAGCCGGAAUUCAAGCUGAUGUUGUAG